AUGUGUUGAUGUAUAUUGAGGGAGGGAGGGUGUUUUCCGUAGUUUUGUAUGUUGGGAUACGAAGAAUGGCACAAUCUCCUCAAUCAGUUACCCAAAGUGGUCCUCUCAUUGAUUCAUAGUUCUAUACCCCACCCCCCACUCCUUUAACCUUCCCAUACCUUCACUCCACUAUCCUACGCUUGCCCUUCUCUACCUUCCUCUACUGAACAUCUUGAACAUAACAAAAAUUUCAAAAUUGAAUCCCAUUGACAGACUCAACAUUGCCAACUUUUGAAGACUGGAAAUUUGGAAGCCAUGACGGGUGCAGCCACUUGGAGUAGAGAAGAGGAAAAGGCAUUUGAAAAUGCCAUUGCAAUAUACUGGGUUGAGGACAACUCAGAGGAGCAAAAAUGGGAGGAUAUGGCUUCAAUGGUUCCUACCAAAAGUCUUGAAGAAUUGAAGCAACACUAUAACACACUAGAAGAGGAUGUUAGUGCAAUAGAGGCCGGUACGGUCCCACUUCCUAGCUAUGCAAUACCUUCAGCCAAUGAUUUUCAUGCCUUUUCUGGGGCCGCUGCUUCAGAUAAGAGAUUGUGUUCUGGUUAUGGAAGAGGGUUCUUCACAUCGAGGCAUGAAUCUGGUGGUCAUACAGGGAAAGGAGGUUCAAGGUCAGACCAAGAGAGGAAGAAAGGGAUUCCCUGGACAGAAGAAGAGCACAGGUUAUUCCUGCUUGGUUUAGACAAGUUUGGGAAAGGAGAUUGGAGGAGCAUCUCCAGAAACUUUGUCAUAUCAAGAACACCUACUCAGGUGGCAAGCCAUGCUCAGAAGUACUUUAUCCGCUUAAACUCAAUGAACCGAGACAGGAGGAGGUCAAGCAUCCACGACAUUACUAGCGUGAACAGCGGAGAUACAUCUUCUCCCCAUGCUCCAAUUAUUGGCCAACAACAGCCUAAUACAAACCCAUCAGGUACAGGUGCAAUGGGACCACCAUCUAAGCACAGUGCUCGGGAACAUUUGCACGAUUUAGGCAUGUAUGAAGUCCCUCUUGGACACCCAGUUGCAGCUCCGGGUCAUAUGGCUUCCGCCGUUGGAACUCCUGUAAUGCUUCCUCCAUAUAUGAUCCCUGUUGCUUAUCCAAUGGCACCACCAACAAUCCACCAAUAGAUGCUUUAAUUUCAAGAAUAACAGCAACAAGUCCUGUGUCCUGAAACGUUAGAUUAUCAUGAGAAUUCCUGUGUCAAUUCUGAUUAUAAUAAAAGAUAGAUCAAGAUAGAGAUCAACCUUUCAGUUCUCAUUAGUAAGCAAUGACUAUGAGAACAAUUGAGGAUUUAUCAAAUCAACUUUCUGAUCUAAGCCCCAUAUUAAAUAUUGAAACUAUGA